AUGCUCGUCGCGCGGGGCGACGUGUUCGACGCGACGGAGUUUUUAAAGACGCACCCGAGCGGACCGGCGCCGAUACUGCGCGCGAUGGCGCGCGAUAACACCGAAGAUUUAGAGAUGCAUAGUUCUAGAGCGAGAGGGAUUUGGGAAAGGUUUCGCGUGGGUAAGCUGACUCCCUGCGGCGAGGGAGGCUACGGCGAGUUUCAACCGCCGCCGAAGUUGCGGCUCGGGUGCGCCAUCACGUGA